AUGGACAGCAGGCGGAUUUUGGUGAUUGCAGGCUCGGACAGCUCCGGCGGCGCCGGCCUCGAGGCAGACCAAAAGGUCAUUGCCGCCCAUGGAUGCUAUGCCAUGACGGCCACGACGGCCCUGACGGCGCAAAACACUCUCGGCGUCUAUGGCAUUCAUGCGAUUCCGCCCCAGUUUCUAAAGCAGCAAAUCGAUGCCUGCUUUGACGACAUUGGUGUCGAUGUCGUGAAGACAGGCGAGUCAUGGCAGCGCUGCGUCCCCAAACAGCGGACAUUCGCUAACUAA